GAGUCAAAAAGCUGCAGAAAAAUUACACGCAGUGAAGAAGGAAUUCAGCUCCGGAGAAAUUCGACGUAAGCAGCAGAAACUCGAGGAUUUGUACGUUCGUCCAUCAUCUAGCAAAGAGUGGAAUAGGUGUGUAGGUCAGGAGUGUUCGAAAUAGUGCAGGAAAUUGCUAUCUGCUAUUGCUUCUUUUGGGUUGAAAGUGCUGCAUUCGUCGCAUCGCGGCUCAAGCGAAGUGGGUUCUAUUGUUGAACUGAAGAAUAGCUUCGCUUUCGUGAAAUGUGCUGCUAUCAGAUAAGCGAAGGGUGUUACAAAAUUUCGGGAGUGAAAAGUUUGUAGAAGAAAUUACUCAUCGUACCCCUCGCUGUUUUUCGCUGCGUUGUCGCCGCGCCCUACCACACCAAAGGGGAAGGAGUACUAGAUCGUCGUGACAGUUGUGAACACAGUGAACAAGUGUCAAAACCAUCCUCGCCGUUUAGCUGCAAACUCGUUUAGUUUGCCCUAAAAUUAUUUGGUAGUGAAUAUUCUAAUAGCGUGCUUAAUAUUGUCCAUCGGUAUUGCGCAUUUGUUGCGGACACUAGUUUGCAAAGAAUCGGACUACGGAGCUUGUUGAAACGUCACUAGCGUCCGGCCGUACGAACAUACUGAUAUCUGACCCAUUCUCAUCUUCUGCAUCGCAGCGAGAGGGUUUCCGUGGAGCAACCGAAGAUAGCGGCAGUAGCAACAUCAUCCAGACAACAAACCUCACCACAGGCAACACAAUGGCAGAUGUCGACGAUGUGAUAAGCGACCAGGACAAGAUCCGAAUCGCGUCCGACUUCCUGAUGCACGCACCGCCCGGCGAGUUCAACGAAGUGUUCAACGAUGUGCGCGAGCUACUGAACGACGAUCGCCUGCUGAAGGAAGGCGCUAGUGCCGCCUGUGCCCAGUACAACAAGGACCAGCUUACUCCAGUCAUUCUCGAGAACACGGAACUGGCCGUGGUGAUCACAGAGUUUAACGAUCUCGGUGGUGGCCGUUUCUUCGAUCCACGAACCAAGCAAAGCUUCAAGUUUGAUCACCUGCGCAAGGAAGCAACCGAUCUGCAGAACCACGAUGGUGACCACACGUCGGAACAGUGGCGUGCGAUGCUGGACAUCGAGACGCUCACAUACUCCGCCAACCAUUACCGCACCGGGGCCUGCUCGGUGUUCGGCCGAACGGUAAACGGACAAAUAACGCUAAACGUCUGCAUCGAGGAUCAUCAGUUCCAGCCGAAGAAUUUCUGGAACGGCCGGUGGCGCUCCGUCUGGGCGAUUACGUUCCCCGCAACCGGUGGCGGUACGGCCGAGCUGAAGGGUUCACUGAAGCUGCAGGUCCACUACUACGAGGACGGUAACGUGCAGCUCGUGUCGGCGAAGGACUGUCGCGAGACGGUACCGAUCACGAACGAGGCCAACACGGCAAAGGAGAUCAUACGACUGAUCGAGGAGAGCGAGCACGACUACCAGACGGCAAUAUCGGAAAACUAUCAGACAAUGUCCGAUACGACGUUCAAGGCGCUCCGGCGGCAACUGCCGGUAACGCGAACGAAAAUCGACUGGAGUAAGAUAGUAUCCUAUAGCAUCGGUAAGGAACUGAAAACGCAGUAGAACGGUAAGGUUGCGGUUGUGCGAUCAGCCCGGUAUGAUGACGAGAGCCCCCCGCGGGGUGAGAGCAUGAUCGGAUGUGCUGACAGUCCGCAAACCCCGAUAGGAGCACACACUCUAGGAGCUAAGGCAUGUGAAAAGAGGGUAGGGAAAACCCGCGUGGGACAGCAAGGCGGAUACGCGAGAUAGAAAAUUUGAGAGGAAAGCUUUUUUUUCGUUAGUUUCAUUCGUACAAUAUAGCAAGACCAUGCUAAUGGAGAAAUCGGAAUGGUAUAAGGGCAGUAAUGUGCGUACAAGAGUUCCACACAAAGGACCGACAGUUCUUUACACAUCAUCCACAAUUAGUAUUCAAAAGCGCGCGCACCCCCUUGAUAAUGGAUGAACAGGAGCCACCAUGUUGUGGCACAUGCGACCUUCGGUGUUUCUCUUCUGCGUAGAGGAUGAUCUCUGUUAGUGGCGCUUGUUUGUUACUGCUUUUAUAACGUCGUUUACUGGAGCUUUGCGAGCUGCGGCCAGAUUGACGAUAUCAUCCAGAUGUGUGUCUGUUUUCAUUUUUUGAUUUUACUCUUUAUCACUUGUUUUAUUUUACCAUCCACCCCUGCGUAGUGUAAUAAGCAACGCAAUUCAAUCGAUGGUAAAGUACACCGGAUAUAAGGGAGGGAAGGUUUGAGUUUCGAGUUGCGUAUGCGGGUUACAGCAAAAGAACAAACGCCAGCUUUUACACAGGAAGAGACAGCGCAGUGAGAGAAAGAGUGAUGAAGCGGAAGGCUAAGCAGAAACAAACAUGGGAAAUAAAUAUGUAAAAAAGGAAUAAAACUAUUCAAAUACUUCA